AUGCCAGACUUUACAAAAUCAGGUUCGAUCAUCCUCGUACAGCGAUUGGACUUAGCGCGGCCGAAGCACCUUAGACAAAGGCUUGUGAAGAGGACCAUCGGCGGUGGCGAUCGAACUUGUGUGGGCCCUGACAUGAUCUCCCUCGAUCAGGUCAAGGACGAUGUGCGCCUGUUGUAUAUUGUUAUCACCUCAGCUGCCCCUCUGCGCAAUGAGACGUCAAUGAACGAGGCUACGAGCAGCAGCGCCGUGGCAGCUCAACAGCCAACAUGCAUCAUCGUCAUCGGCAUGGCAGGCUCUGGAAAGACGACAUUCCUGCAACGCCUGAAUUCCCAUCUGCACAGCCAGUCGAAGCCUCCCUACAUUCUCAAUCUGGAUCCUGCCGUCAGUCAUCUACCAUUCAAGGCCAACAUCGACAUACGGGACACGGUCGACUACUCUGAAGUCAUGAAGCAGUACAAUCUGGGGCCCAACGGCGGGAUCCUGACCGCUCUCAACCUCUUUACGACCAAAUUUGAUCAGGUACUUGGCUUUGUAGAGAAGCGAGCAGGCUCGCACAAACAUGUCCUGCUCGAUACCCCAGGACAAAUCGAGAUCUUCACGUGGUCUGCAUCCGGCGCAAUCAUCACAGACUCCCUCGCAUCUUCGUUGCCGACUUGUGUUGCGUACAUUAUCGAUACGCCCCGAACGACCGCGCCGGCGACCUUUAUGAGCAACAUGCUCUAUGCAUGCUCGAUACUGUACAAAACUCGGCUGCCGUUCAUCCUCGUCUUCAACAAGACCGAUGUCACACCUCAUCAUUUUGCGCUCGAGUGGAUGCGCGACUUUGAAGCCUUUCAGGAUGCAUUACAGCAGAAUCGACAAUCUACAGACGAGCCCGGCUUCAUGAACAGCCUGCUAAACAGCAUGAGCCUCAUGCUCGACGAAUUCUACAAGCAUCUCCGCGCCGUUGGCGUGUCUGCGAUGACCGGUGCAGGCUUUGAUGACUUUCUACGAGCAGUCGACGAGGCGCGCAAAGAGUAUGAAAACGAUUAUAAGCCUGAACUUGACAGACUACGAGCGGAGAAGGCGGCUCAGAGCGCAAAGAACAAAGAUGAGCAGAUUCAGCGGCUCGUGCAAGAUAUGAAGCUCUCUGGCGGUCAGAACGAAGUCCUUUCCAGGCCGUCCGUACGUGCAGAUCCUGCCGCAGUUGGUCCCGACGAGCUUGAUCAAGAUGAAGACGAGGGCGAGCUUCUCGAAAGAGAUGACGAAGGGGCGCCGCCGCCACGCAUCCCUGGGCGCAGGCUACCUGGCGGGAUAUAUGAAGAUGAUAAUGGAGGCCGAUGGCCAGCGCCACGGUAA